CCUGGUCGGACUCGGUCCACGCAAUCGCGGUUAAUCGGUUAAGUUUCGCGUAAACCAAACGUCAGUAUGGCUCCGUUGUCGGAAGAUUGAAUUAUCAUCGUGGAUGGCCGGGUCUCCGACGCAAUUAAACAUGUCACAUAAAUAACGAGUAUUUCGAUGGUCGUCGGGCCCAGGAACCAAAAACGAUGCUUUUCCGCCGUGCUGACGUGCUGCAUCCUCUUGAUUUUUUUCGGUUACCAGUUCAACGCGAAACAUUUCGGCCUGUCACUCGGAACAUACGACGACGACGGCCGGGACAACUUGCCGGGAGCGUACCUAAGGUACUUAGUACCGUCCAACGCGAGUCACUGCAAGUUCAACUACGGCUUACCCGAAGAUUUCAUUUUCUUCGAUGGGGAUACGUACGGCAGUCCCGAAUUAGGAGCAUCUAGUCCUUUCCGCGCAUUGUACCACGUAGUGGAAUCUUCUUCAUCGCCUGAAUUACCCGCCGUCACUUACGCCACGCAUCUUACUACCAAUUUCUUAAGCUACUUAACGGAAGUACUUAGGUAUUGGGACGGUCUUGUAAGCGUAGCAGCCUACGUGCCAGAUGGAGACCUUCGAUCUAUCAUCAGACAACUGAUUCACUAUUGCUAUUGCGUUCCCGCCAUGUCCAGGGUUUCGUUGCAUUUCGUUUUCCGUAAAAAUGUGACGUUCAAGUCGACGUUAUCCUUCAACAAAGGGCCGCCCACGAGUUGCGACAUCAUCGGAGGGUCGCCAAAAAAAACCGAACCCCCGCCGUUGAUUCGCACCAAUGACAGUUGGUACCCGGUCAAUGUGUGUCGAAACGUAGCGAGGUCAGCGUCCGUCAGCGAUUACGUGAUGGUGUCCGACGUGGAACUGAUGCCCAGCAAAGAAUUAGCCAGACGAUUCAUGAACAUGAUAGAACAGUCGAAAUGUCCGACUGGCAGAUGCGACAAAAGGGUCUACGUAGUUCCCAUAUUUGAAGUCGAAUCGACCGAAACCGUUCCGCGCACUAAGGAAGAACUGAAAUUGUUGCUGACCGCCGAGAGGGCCACGUAUUUUCAUCGCCAUAUUUGCAACCAUUGCCAGAGGUUUCCAGGCUUGGAGGUAUGGAUGGAAUCCGAUCCUGGCGACGCGAUCGAGCCGUUUCUUUCAGUGAAAAGGGAGACGCCCUACCACAGAUGGGAACCCGUUUAUAUCGGCACAAAAAGCGAACCCUUCUAUAACGAGGCCCUCUCCUGGGAAGGCUUCCAGGAUAAAAUGCCGCAGAUGCUCGAGUUGUGCCUUCAGGGUUACAAGUUUGUAGUGUUGGACGGUGCCUUCCUCGUUCACUGGCCCGGCAUAAAAAAGAGCAACUCGUAUUACGCCCAGUGGCGUAGCAGGUUCGUCGAGAUAAACAGAAGACAAUACGAUUUGAUUUUAAAGAAUUUGAGUAGAAGAUACCCGCGCAAACCGCGUUGUAACGCCAAUUAAAAUUGCCGAUUAAAAACGUUUUACACACGACCCGUUUUUUAAGAGUUUAUUGAGAUUUAAUUUAAUUUCUUGGAGUUACGGUAAGUGCCAGGCGUGCCUACAGGUCAAUUUUGUUAGAUAGAAAAAAAAACUGUAGAUACAAAAGUUUGAAGAUUUUUGCUUUGCUAUCUUAUGCAAAUGUCAGAAAAAAACGAUCAUCACAAGCUGUCAAAAUGACAGAAAAAUCUAUUUUUUUAUGGAAUGUCCUAUAUAUUAUCAGCUUAAAACGUAGAUCUUAUUUUCCUGGUUCCAAAGGCAUAUAACUGACAUAGAUAUAUCAGUUUAAAAUCAAUGGUCUUUCAAUUUCUGGACAAUAGUCAUAUUGUUUAAAAAUGGUCAAGUCUGCCUUGAUAGCAACGUUUGCAAUUGUUUUAACGAUGUUCUACUUUUUUCAUCUAAUCAAAACUAAAGUUCUACAG